GCCGCUGCUUGUCAAAUGUUUUGCAACAGUUUUUUUUUUGUUUUUUUCUCCUUCCUUCCUUCGAGUGGGAUUUGAACAGCGAGAUGCUAACUGUUGUGUUUACGAGUAUUUUAGCGGCUUCGGUGGCUCUCGUUCUCUAUCACAAAAUAUGUUAUCCGUUUUUAUGGGCGGAUUUCAAGUAUUACUUGAAACUGCGGAUGUACAGCAAGUCGUUGCAAGCUCGCAUGCGGCAAGGAGUCAUCACGUAUCUGGACUGCUUUCUCCUCCAGGCGAGGAGGAACCCGAAGAAGCCUUUCAUUAUCUUCGAAAACCAGAAGUUGACGUACCAGGAUGUGGACUUAAGAAGCAACCAGUUUGCGAACGCGUUCGGCGAGAGCUCUUUGGAACCAGGACACAUUGUCGCUGUGCUGAUGUGCAACGAACCGGAUUUUGUUUGCGUAUGGCUGGGACUGUGCAAACUGGGAUGUCAAGUCGCCUUUCUCAACACCAACAUUAAAGCCAAAUCUCUGCUCCACUGCAUUCGGAGUUGUGCAGCCAAGACCCUUGUGGUGGGCAAAGGUCUAGCUCAUUUGGUGGAGGUGGUGCUGCCCGACUUACAGGAGGACAACAUAUCGGUGUGGUUAGUACGUCACUCGUCGCUUUCUGAUGGUUUCAUCGGUUUACUUGAUAAGGUGGAAAACAUGUCGACAGAGAACAGAAGCGGGCCGCUUAAAGUCGACGUCAUGUCCAACUUCCUCUUCAUAUUUACAUCAGGAACCACAGGUUUCCCAAAGGCGGCACGUGUGGGGCAUCUGAAAGCCAUCAUGAGUAUGGCAUUCUUUCACAUGUGCGGAGCGACAUCUGAUGACAUCAUAUACAUCACCCUUCCUCUUUACCACAUGUCUGCUUCCCUGUUAGGCAUUGGAGGAUGCAUACAGCUUGGUGCAACUUGUGUCUUAAAGAAGAAGUUUUCAGCCAGUCAAUUUUGGAAGGACUGUGUGAAAUACAAUGUGACAGUGGUGCAGUACAUAGGAGAGCUCUGUCGAUAUCUGGUCAACCAAGCCGUGGUUCCAGAAGAGAAGAGUCACUGUGUUUGGCUUGCAGCAGGAAGCGGGCUUCGGACAGAUGUGUGGAAGGCAUUUGCCAAACGGUUUAGUACGAUCAAGAUCAGAGAAGGUUAUGGUUUAACUGAAGCCAGCAUUGGCUUCCUCAACUACACCGAUGAGGUCGGACCCAUUGGGAGAGCAAGCUACUUCAACAAGCUUUCAGUACCAUUUCAACUCCUGAGAUAUGACACACAAACAUAUGAACCAUUCAGAACACAGUCUGGAAGAUGUGUACAAGCACAGAUAGGUGAGGCUGGUAUCCUGGUAGCUCCAAUGACAGCAAUGAAUCAGUUCUUGGGUUACGCUGGAAAUAAGGUCCAGUCUGAGAAGAAGUUGAUCAAGGAUGUGUUUGUGGUGGGUGAUGUCUAUUUUAACACUGGAGACCUCCUGCUCCAAGACCACAGAGAAUUUAUUUACUUCCGUGACCGUAUUGGAGACACUUUCAGGUGGAAAGGAGAAAAUGUAUCCACUAUGGAAGUGUCCGAGGCUUUAUGUCUUCUUGAUUUUAUUCAAGAGGCCAAUGUUUAUGGAGUCAAUGUACCAGGACAUGAAGGUCGAGCAGGCAUGGCUGCAAUUGUUUUAAAACAGGAGCACACGUUGAAUGGUGCAAAACUCUACGACCACUUGGUUGAAACCCUUCCCGCGUAUGCCUGGCCAUGGUUUCUCCGAAUCCAGCCCUCUCUGGAUGUGACAGAAACUUUUAAGCAACAGAAGGGGAAGCUGGUCCAGGAAGGAUUUAACCCAGAGAUCACACAGGAUCAUCUCUAUUUCUUAGCUAUCACUCAGAAGGACUACGUUCUCCUCGAUGUAUCUCUAUAUGAGGAUAUUGUGUUUGGAAAAAUCAAACUAUAGUACCUGAGAAAAUUAUCUGACAAGUAAUAAGGGCUCCAUUAGAGCAAUAAUGAUUCAUACGUUAUGAAUAGGUAAUUAGCAAGUCAUUAUAUUUGGCAAUAAUGCAUUUUAGAGAAUAAUUCCACUUUUAAUUAGUCCCUGCAUACCAGCAGUUAUUCUUUGCAACAUGCCCUUAAUUCAGAGUAAAACAAUAUGCAAUAUUCUACUCGUUCCUAUUUCCUAACACACAAUGAAUCAAUUCCUCUGAUCUAACACAAAAUAAAGCAAAAACAACAAACAAAUGGCCAUAUACAAAGAAAUGUUGACGUCAUACAGUAGCACAAACGCAACCAAAUACUGUAUAUAAUUAUGCAGUCCAUCAGGCGGGAUCCAUACAUGUAUCCCAUGCACAGGGCAAUCCGCUUCUUCCGUGACAAUCACACCAUGUUGUUUGUGGUUCAAUUUAAAAACAAAAAAAACAAAAAAAAAACAUAUAUAUAUAGAGUACAGUGUACAGUAUGUUAUGCCUCAUUUCUCUAUCAGGUUCCCCAGGUGUGAAGUUUUUCUGUUGCAAGUUUUUUUAUGCGGACGGUGACGCUUAACCUUCAUUGCCGAUGAAUAAAUGUGGUUGGAUGUUUGGUGGGGGGCGUGGUUGGAUGUCUAGUGGGGCCUUAGGUGCAGAAAUACAAAAAAAACAGCCACACUUCUGUCAGACUCCCCCAGGGCAGCUGUGGUUACACGAGUAGCUUACCACCACCAGGUGUCACUGAGGAGUGAAUGAGUAAUGUGUGAAAUUGUAAAGUGUCUUUGAGCGCCGAGAAAAGUGCCGUAUGUGUAAUGCAUCAUUAUUAUUGUCCAGUUCAGUCGUGUCGCUCGGUUUACAUCACCUUUUCUUUUAACAACAUUCAAUAAACGUUUGGGAACUGAGGACACCAA